AUGUCUGAAAGCGCUGGUGGCGAUGGGGUCAAGCCGAUCACCAUGGGGGACCUCGAAUCUGGUGGAAUGGUCUCCGUGUAUUGCGACGGCCAGUUUGUCUGGCAGCUGCCAAAGGUCCUCCUGUCUAAACGGGUUCCUACUGUGAAGCUCAAGACAUUGCCUAAUGACACCAACGGGCACAGUAUCGAUGAGCAUGCAGUGGAAGCCCCAUACAUUUGGGAGAUUACUUGCUGCAGUCGUGCUGCCUUUCGUGUCUUCUACGAGUGGCUCUACAGUCCAGACGGACGUUUGAAACGCCCUUCUCCCGAAGUAACAAUCAACGCCUAUCUCCAGGCUACAAAGCUAGCUUCAGAGUAUUCGAUCCCCAAUCUUCUCGAAGAUUCGAUGAAGAUCGCUCUCGAUCUACUCUCCGCUGGAUCCUCGGAGAACUCCCCGUCAUACGUCAGCGAAAUCUACAAAAACAUGUCUCCAAAGUCUCCUGAGACUGCUACCACCAGUGGCUAUUUUGCUGUUUUAUUGAAGACUAGCAAGCUGGCCUCGACUACCUUUCGCAAUCUUACCGCGUCUCUUCAGAUUUCACGUGAUAUUCUCAUCUGGCUGUUCCUUUUCAAUGAGAAUGAAGUUGACGGUGACGACUACAACAAGGCAUUGGGAUGGGCCACCAGCAAUGUUGCCAAAUGGAUUGAGUUUCAAGAAUGACUGACGCUUCGUUUAAAAAGUGUAAACGGUAUGUAUGACUGCUCUCUCGAGUGCCGAAUCAUGCUGAAGCCCCAAUUUCGCUCAUAGACACACAAUCAUCACCCCGAACCCCUUCUCUAUGAUUCAAAGUUUUAAGCCAGCUAGAGAUUCUAAUUAUAUGGUAUGAUUGGACGGUUUAGGAAAAAUACGAUUGGGUUAGGAGUUUGUCAUCUUAGCGACACGCUAGAAUAUCAAAUGGAAGUCUUUCAAUCAUUACAUCACUAAUU